AUGAAUGGGAAGAUAUGUAUGGAUACUCUGUCUCGAGCUGCAAAUUCUCUUUCUACUGCAGGAUCAGAAUCCUUUGUUGAUUCACGUGUCAUAGCUGACAAUGACCAGCAUUUCCUCCUUUAUUUCAUCAUUGGAAACUUUUUUGGGCCGGAUCUGAAAGGUGGGCCAAAAAAAUCACUCUUUCAAAGAGCAGCUGAGGGGCUGCCAACGUACUCAUUAGAUGAACUAACUGGAGGCUACAUCAAAACCGAAGAAAUAGAACAUAUAUACUAUUAUGCACUUCAAAAGGCAGAGAAGUACCUUACUCUGAAACUAUCCUUGUUGCAUUGUUUCUUUCUAGGCAACCUACGUGCUUCUGGAACUGCCAGUUACCUGCAGUUUCCUGAUAUGUUUCCAACCCACCUACAUCCCCAUUCCCUGAUGGAUAAUAGGCACAAAACCGUAUCAAAUGUUAUGUUCAUCGACAACCCAGAUACCUCUCAUAUUAGCUCAAAGGACAUUGAGAGGUUUAAAAGACUAACUGGGGUAGAGAAUCUUCUCCUGGAUAGAGAUGCAGCAAGGAUUCACUCAUAUGUGAAUGCCAGUACUCUAUAUGAUGUGGUAGUGCAUGAGGCUGGAUCUGGUGUUGAAUGGCCUCAUAGUAGCAUUCAUCACUUUCAUAAGAGAGCAAGACAUGCAGAUAGCAUCCCACAAGCCAGGGAUCCGCAUGUCUAUGAUGUGCAACCUCUUAGCUGUGUGCUAUGUAAAGGUUUGCCUCCUUCACACAGCUGUACAACAGCUCUUCCAGCCAAAGAUUCUGGAAAAUCUGUUGACGAAAGUCCAAUGAUGAUUUUUCUUCCAUCCGGAGCAAAAAAGGAAGAGUUGAACAGUUUGAUGACUGUGAGUAAAGGCAGAGUUGCAUUGACUGGUACUGCUGCAAUGGGGCAGAUGCAAAGGACUGUCGGGCUCGUUGACAUUGGCGAGUGUGAUGAUGCAUACCUUUUCCGGGUGUCUCUUCCUGGAGUGAGACAAAACGAUAAUGAAUUCAGCUGCACAAUAGAACCCGACGGCAAGGUGCUGAUAGAGGGCAUUACGACAACAGGUGAGGAGACAGUAUACAGGUUCUCCCAAAAGUUUCAGAUGCUGUCCGGAAACCUCUGCUCACCAGGGCAGUUUUCAAUUUCAUUUCAACUGCCUGGUCAUGUUGAUCCUAUUUCAGAUGUCAGGCAAGUUUGUCUCUGA